ACGGUUAAGUAAUUCUUUUGAAUGUUUUUUGUUUACUUCUAAAUGAGACGAGAAGUUACAUUAAAAAUGUGUGCCUCAAUUGACGUUUGGUUACGUUUAUCACUUUAAACCUUAACCGCAAAAAUGUGAUGACAGUGUCAAACGUGAUAUUUACUCGGUGAAUAAAGCAGAAAUUUUACAGCCGCAACAGACCGUGGUAUGCUGCUUCAUUUGUUACUUAAGAUUUGUGUUAAAGACAAAGGAGUCGAAAGGACAAAGUAUUUUAUUUCUCUCCUUCUCUUGCUAUUGGUUUGAAAACCAGACUCCAUGAAGAAGCGUUUCAUGCAACGGUGACAUAGCAAAUUAUUUUACAUCGAUUGGAAAAGUAGCUAUAGAAAUGAAUGAGAAAUAACACUUUAUUUUUCCAACAGAUCGCGAUUAAGUUGUUUUUUGAUUGACAACCUAAUAGCUAACCUAUUCGACCGACAAGAUGUGCACGAGUGAUGGUCAUGUUGCCGCUAUUGUGAUUGUUGAAGCAUUAGUAGUUGCAGCCGUCAGCGUGGUUAGUACUUGGUCAUUUAUGAAACGACGGUAUGAAACUGCCAACACGAACGAAUCAGUUUAUUCUCUGCCACCCGAUGCAAUUUAUCCAGUAAGUCCUACAAUCGGGAGCUUUCAAAGCCAAGGUGCAGGAGUAACUCCAUCUCCAAAUUCCGAAGUUUAUAAUAUGUUUCCACCGCCAACCAUUAUUGUAAACAAUGAAACAAGGACAAACCAAGAAGAAUUCAAACGCCAGGUUAACGACAUCUGCAUAUCUCCGGUAAACGAAAGAGAAAACAGUUCAGCACAAAGUCAUGCUGCUACCGAGCAACCCGAUGAAGGGAUUUAUGAAUCAUACGACGUGCAUGGCCCUGCUGCAAAACCUACAAGCUCACCGAAAGAUUUUAAUCCUUCCACAUUAAAACAAGCGAUAAAAAAUCUGAAGGCGAAAGAAACAGCCGAUACUAGAAAAUACGGUUCGUAUGAACAGUACAACCAGCCACCGGCAAAACGACCCUCAAUUAAACCGAGGCCAAAAAAGCCCAAUGUUCCUGCACCCCUACCGCCUCCGCAAAUACCAAGUGAUGCAGAGGUAGGUGAUUAUGAACCAACCGCGUCAGAAACAUGGGAGGAGCCAGCGGAAGAGGAAACAGACUACGAAUUCAGUUUCCCCCCGCUUCCGAUUAAAGAAAUAGAAAAAUCGGAGUCGGACGAAGAGCUUGAGUUCCCACCACCGCCCGCAGAAAUAAUCGACUAUGAGACAUACCAGGAUAACAUAGAACCACAAGAAGUAACAGACUCAUUUGAAAACAAAGAGGACGAAUCUUACCCCGUCUACAUAAAUAUUGGGGCAAUGAACCGAACAAACUUGGCCGAGCAUCCAAAACGUUCGCCACCACCUAUCAUGCCAAAAUCCAACAGAAUGUUGCCGUAGGGCGUAGACGGUCAUGUUCUCGUGUUUGGACGAACUUUUCAUUGUAUUCCCUUUCAAGCGUUUUCCUUUCGAAAGCAUGACGGAACAGGGCGCGGUUAAAUAUUAGAGUUACGUGUUUCAAAUAUUAUUUUAUUUCUACUUUUAAUCCAAGUAUGCAAAUAAACAACAGCAUAAUAAAAUA